AUGGCAGACAUCAACACUCCCGAUUCCGUCCCGGCCACGCCAGACGGUCUGGUCGACAGAGAUGGCCUCAGCAGUCCCGCCUCCCCCGGUUCCGCCGAUUCUUCCGAGGCCAGCACUCCUCUAGAGGGUCCCUUCGAACACUCCUCCGACAUCCCCAAACGAGUCCCUUCGCUGCGAACCGUUUCCGACCCUCAGAACAUGACGCCCUCGUCAACACCUCUCGGCAUGCUAAGCACCGCCCGCCGGCCUCCUCCCACGGCCUCCGUCAUGACCGGUAGUAUGGGCAGCGGCGCCAUGAACGACAUCAUGGCAAAGGCGCGCGCCCUGCACGCCCAGCGCAUGGGCAAGCCUGCCGGCACUAACCCCCCUCCCAACUCCAUGUCGAGCAGCCCCGCCUCGCCGGUUCCCCGCCAAGGCUCACCGGGCGGCUUGCCGGGAGGCAUUCCGGGAAACCUGAAGCUACCUGGAGGUAUGGUUCGACCUUCGCCUGCUGGAAUGCCCCGCUCCGCACCAGUCAUCCCCACGAAGCCGUCGCUGGCCGACCGGAGGCGUCCGCAGAUGAAGCUGUCCGACAUGGGCGGCGGUCCCUCCCCAGCAUCUCCGACACCAAAGCUGUCUGACAUCCAAGGCUCCAAUGGCGGCGCCACGAAUGGAACCACGGGCUCCAAGAUGGAUGACUUCAAGAAGUACAUUGACUCCGAUAAGGGUUGGAUCACGUUCGAUGGCGCUGCCACUAUUACCAGGACAGGCGUCAACUUCGCAAACGGAACUGCCUUCACCAUUUCGUUAGACGAGGUGGAGGUUUUGGACGAGCUCGGCAAGGGAAACUACGGUACCGUGUACAGAGUCAGGCAUACGAAACCACGGGUACCCCGAUUCGGAACUGGCUUGAGCGGAUUCAAGCAUGCGAGCCUGAACACGUCACACUCGGAUCCUUCACCGGUUAGGAGAGCUGAUGGAUCCUCUGAGUCUUCACCCGUGGAGCUGGACGGAACGUCGGGAAGAGUUAUGGCCAUGAAAGAGAUUCGGUUGGAGCUUGAAGAGGCCAAGUUCACAACGAUUCUGAAGGAAUUGGUUAUCCUCCACGAGUGUGUGUCGCCCUACAUUAUCGACUUCUAUGGAGCCUUCUUCCAGGAGGGUGCUGUCUACAUGUGCAUCGAAUACAUGGACGGUGGGUCCAUCGACAAGCUCUACACCGGCGGCAUUCCCGAGGGCGUCCUCAGGAAAAUUACAUACUCGACGGUUAUGGGUCUGAAGUCACUGAAGGACGAGCACAACAUCAUUCACCGAGACGUCAAACCUACCAACAUCCUAGUUAACACCAAGGGACAAGUCAAGAUUUGCGACUUCGGUGUCAGCGGGAAUCUCGUUGCCAGUAUGGCCAAGACGAAUAUUGGCUGCCAGAGCUACAUGGCUCCCGAGCGGAUAUCGGGAGGCGGAAUGGCAGUCGGUGCCGACGGCACGUACAGUGUGCAAAGCGAUAUUUGGAGUUUGGGCUUGACGAUCAUCGAGUGCGCGAUGGGAAGGUAUCCCUACCCGCCCGAGAUAUCGUCGACCAUCUUCAGUCAACUUAGCGCCAUCGUCGAGGGAGAACCCCCAGGUCUUCCCGAGGAAGGCUACUCCGCCACCGCGCACGACUUCGUCAAGAAGUGCCUCAACAAGGUGCCCAAGGAACGCCCAACCUACGCCGCGUUGCUCCAGCAUCCGUGGAUGGCGCCAUUCUCCAAGAUCGAGACGAUCGCCGAAGAGGCAGAGGAGGGCGAAGAGGCAGAGGCCGUCGCAGACGCCGUUGGCCAGAUGUCCCUGUCGUCCGGUACAGAAGAUGAAGAAGUCGCGGAGUGGGUGAAGGGGGUGUUGGAUCGUAAGAAGAAGGGACUCAACUCGAAUGCCGCAGCCCGCCCUGCACUGCACGCCGCACCCCUGGACAGUGUCAGCCCGACUUCGAGCCCUGCCUUGGGGGCCAGUGCCAGGCUGGAGUGA